AUGCUGCGUAGAAACAUUCGAUUGAGGAGAGAGUAUUUGUACCGGAAGAGCUUAGAAGGCAAAGAACGCUUGCUCUACGAAAAGAAGCGCAAAAUCAGAGAAGCGCUUCAAGAAGGAAAACCCAUUCCCACUGAACUCAGAAACGAGGAAGCUGCACUUCGACGCGAAAUCGACCUUGAAGAUGAAAACACUGCUGUUCCAAGAACGCACAUUGAUGAUGAGUAUGCCUAUGCUGCGGAAAAGGAUCCCAAGAUUUUGUUGACCACUUCCAGGGAUCCAAGUGCUCCACUUCAACAGUUUGUAAAGGAGUUGAGUUUUGUUUUUCCAAAUGCGCAGAGAAUGAAUCGUGGUGGUCAGGUUAUCUCAGAGAUUAUAGAAUCUUGCCGUGCACAUGACUAUACUGAUGUUGUUUUGGUUCAUGAACAUCGUGGUGUGCCAGAUGGUUUAAUUGUUUGCCAUCUGCCAUUUGGUCCAACUGCAUAUUUUGGAUUACACAAUGUGGUUACAAGGCAUGAAAUUAAAGACAAGAAAGCCAUUGGAACUAUGCCUGAGGCUUAUCCACAUUUGGUUCUUGAUAACUUCUCAACUAAGUUAGGUGAAAGGUCAGCAAACAUUCUCAAGCAUCUUUUUCCAGUGCCAAAACCAGACACAAAACGUAUUGUCACUUUUUCCAACCAGUCUGACUAUAUCUCAUUCAGGCAUCAUAUUUUUGAAAAGCAUGGGGGGCCUAAAUCUAUAGAACUGAAGGAAAUUGGUCCACGGUUUGAGUUACGGCUUUAUCAGAUAAAGUUGGGAACGGUGGAUCAAGCUGAAGCUCAGAUAGAAUGGGUCAUUAGACCUUACAUGAACACAACUAAAAAGCGGAAAUUUCUCAGUAAUUGA